AAGCUACUGCAGAUAGCUGUAUGUGAGAUCAUAGGCUGUUUCUCCAUUUAUUUUUUGGUUUGGAGGUUGGCUGGGUACUGGUUUGGCACUGUUGGAAAUCCAUCAAUCUUCCAUCAUUAACCUACGAAACUCCACCACUUGGUCUCCUUCCAGUUCCAGGAAAAUGUUGAGCCCUCCCUCAGCUGUCGGCCCUGGCAACAGGAAGACAAUGCCUGGUUUAACAACUACUGGAGAAGCACAUUUAAGUCUACCCCAAGCGAACUCCUCUUCUUCCAAGCCCAGCCUCCACCACGCUACAAGUGAGAAGCUGUCUUCUCUACAAGCUCCCUCACGCUGGCUCUUGCGAACCCAGGGACCAAUGCAUUUCCAGCAAAUCCCACCGGGGCUUGUGGCACAACCCUGGUUCGAGUAUCCACCGGAAACAACAUGGUCGAAAUCUUCCCCUCUGCCAUCUCCACUGCUAUGCUCCUUGCCUUCCAUAUCUUCGCUGCCACAGCUUGAAAAGUGGUGCAGUUUUUCAACUUCCCAUCCCUGAGGGCUGCCUUCUUUAAACCUUGGAUGUUGAUAGGUGAAAGAUGGAUCAGGUGAAUCUGAUCAUGCCUCCCGGAUUUCUCAAUGGGGGCAUCACUGGUUCCGCGGAGGGUGAAUGGGCUAUCUGUAUCAAUGGCUCUUGAGUACUCAAAAUGAGGGUGACUGAUUUGUGGUGGAUUCCGUGCUCUGAAUAUGCUCCUAUCCGGGUUCGGUACCACGACCAAGCCUUCGCCGCGAGUCAGGGAAGCCAAGUUCAUCUCAAGAUCAUGAAUGGCCACACCGUCUAGGAUGCAGUGGUAAUAUCUUGAUCCCAGGGCCAGGCCUCCACACCCAAACUGUGUCAACUGCCAUCAAUGAAAGAAAGAAGCUCAGCCUCAAAACACACUCGCAUUGCUACAAACAAGACACAUAAACCCUGAACCAGAGCACAGAAGGAACCUGAAAAAAACCCAGAGGCUUGUCUUUCAGCUCCAGCUCAUCUUCAGCCUCUUCACGCAAGAAAGCAACCAACCGCUCGAACUCCGGCUUGGGCGCCAUGAGCUCACCGAGCUGGCUCAACGUAGUCUUGGUGGUGGCUGCAGCAACCACGAACCCUGCAUUGUUGCAGUCGAUCUCGAGCCGGUUACUUGCCUCCAGAGAUGGCACCAGCCUUCCAGCCAAGAAGUCGUAAGACACGAGUACCUGGGAUAUCGCGCGGCAUAGGCGGUGAAAUGCCUCUGAGAGGCUCAUCUGAUUCGCAGGAGGAUCGAAGAAGGAUACUGAUUCUUGGUAUGCAACGAGGGUUAGGUCUAUGUUUGAUAAGAAAACACGCCGGCGCGGUGUUGGCGUCUCCGGUAGAACCAUCAUUCUCUCCACCAACUUCACGUCCUCCAUUUUGUCCGCCGUAUGUAUGCACUUGUAAGUAAACGAGAAAUAUCAUCUUAGAGAGAACAAAAACGGACGUUGUAAUUGCCAUUUUAAGUCGAUUAACAUAA